CGAAACCGCUGGCCCUAACUACUCUCUCUCUCUCUCUCUCUCCAAAAACUAAAAAGAAAAGUUUUUUUACUUUUUUUUUCGUUUUUUUCUUAAUUUCGUUACUUUUGAAAUUCGAAACAGGAUUUCAGAAAAAUAUAAAACUCUUCAAAAAGCCAGAAAGAAAGCGAAGACGAGAGAAAGGAAAAAGUAGUGCUAGAUCGCAAGCCCUAGAAGUAGCGAGAAGGGUUUGUAGAUCCUAAAUAACGCAAUAGCUUCUACUCUUUGCAUUGUUCUCGAGAAAAUUUUCCCUCAUUGAUUCGUCUGGUUUUUUUUUGGUUGAGUUGGAGGAUGCAGCAGUUGCUUCUUUAAAAAGCUUACACUUUGCAGAAGAGGGAAUUUAACGGAACAUUGCUGUGUUAGCGGAUAAUUGAGGUUUUUAAAUUUUCAAAAUCAUGGUUGCUACUGCUGCAUCAUCUGCAUUCUUUCCGGUCACUUCAUCCCCGGACUCCUCUGACUCAAAAAACAAGAAGCUUGGAAGUGGAUCUACUAACCUUGGAGGUAUCAAGUCGAAACCAUCUACUCCUUCUGGAAUUUUGCAAGUCAAGGCAAAUGCUCAAGCUCCUCCAAAAAUAAAUGGUACCACGGUCGUGACAACUCCAGUGGAAAGUUUCAAGAAUGAGGACACUGCUAGUUCCCCUCCUCCCAGGACAUUUAUAAACCAGUUACCUGAUUGGAGCAUGCUUCUUGCUGCUAUCACGACAAUUUUCUUGGCUGCUGAGAAGCAGUGGAUGAUGCUUGAUUGGAAACCCAGGCGGCCUGACAUGCUCAUUGAUCCAUUUGGUAUAGGGAGGAUUGUUCAGGAUGGUCUUGUUUUCCGCCAGAAUUUCUCUAUAAGGUCUUACGAGAUAGGUGCUGAUCGGACAGCAUCCAUAGAGACGCUAAUGAAUCAUUUACAGGAAACGGCUAUUAAUCAUUGUAGAAGCGCUGGACUGCUUGGAGAAGGUUUUGGUUCAACCCCUGAGAUGUGCAAGAAAAACCUAAUAUGGGUAGUCACUCGCAUGCAAGUUGUGGUUGAUCGCUAUCCUACAUGGGGUGAUGUUGUUCAAGUAGACACUUGGGCCAGUGCAUCGGGAAAGAAUGGUAUGCGACGGGAUUGGCUUGUCAGUGAUAGUAAAACUGGUGAAAUUUUAACAAGAGCCUCAAGUGUAUGGGUGAUGAUGAAUAAGCUUACUAGAAGGUUAUCUAAAAUUCCAGAAGAGGUCCGAGGAGAAAUAGAACCUUAUUUUAUGAAUUCUGAUCCUGUUGUGGCUGAGGAUAGUAGGAAAUUAGUGAAACUUGAUGACAGCACAGCAGAUUAUGUCCGUAAAGGUUUAACUCCCAGAUGGGGUGAUUUGGAUGUCAACCAGCAUGUCAAUAAUGUGAAGUACAUUGGCUGGAUCCUUGAGAGUGCUCCACUGCCAAUCUUGGAGACUCACGAGCUUUCUUCAAUGACACUGGAAUAUAGGAGGGAGUGUGGGAGAGACGGUGUGCUGCAGUCCCUAACUGCUGUCUCUGACUCUGGUGUGGGCAACUUGGUGAACUUUGGUGAAAUCGAGUGCCAGCACUUGCUCCGACUCGAGGAUGGGUCUGAGAUUGUGAGAGGGAGGACUGAGUGGAGGCCGAAGUAUGCGAAAAGUUUUGGUAAUGUGGGCCAACUUCCUGCUGAAAGUGCAUAGAAUUCAACUUCUGAAGCUUAUAAAAAAAAGAAUUCAACUUCUGAGUUGUGGCUGGAGGGGCAGUAGUCUCGUUGCUGUGUGUCACAAUGCUUGUGUAGAUCUAUCAUGUUCUUUGGAUUUAUAUAUGUUUCUUCUUUAUA